CAGAAUCGGGUAAAAAUGACAACCAAAAAAAAAAAAACCCAAAUUGUUCGAUUUAAAGUCAAUUAUGCAAUGAAUUCCGUUGUUGUUGCGUGAAAUCUCUUGUUUUUAUUCAUGCCAAAACCACAAGUUUCGGCCGGGAUACCCGGGGAUGGAAGAUGCUUGUUCCGUUCAGUGGUUCAUGGGGCUCGUCUAAGAGAAGGAAAGCCAUCGCCAGGUGAAAGCUACGAAAGAGAACUCGCUGAUGAGCUCAGAGAAAAAGUUGUGGAUGAGUUUAUCAAGAGACGAGCAGAUGCUGAAUGGUUUGUUGAAGGUGAUUUUGAUGCAUAUGUCACACAGAUGAGACAGCCCCAUAUCUGGGGAGGUGAACCCGAACUGCUGAUGUCCUCACAUGUUCUACAGGCUCCCAUCGCAGUGUACAUGUGGGAUAAGAAGACUAAUUGCCUUAAGGUUAUAGCUGAAUAUGGUCAAGAAUAUGGGAAGGACAAGCCUAUUUGUGUUUUAUAUCAUGGCUAUGGGCACUAUGAUGCACUGCAAAACCCUUCUGGUGGCCAACAAUCAAAAAUGAAUAAAGCAAAAAGGUUUUUUCAGUAAUAUAAUUCUUUGGGAGCACAUAGAGGUUAGAGAUCUCCAUUCUAUUGAGCCUCAAAACCCUGUCAGGACAAAAGGGACUUGAAGGGGGAAUUAAAAGUACGCUUUCUUUGAAGCUCUGAUGAUAGUCACUAUGUGUUCCUAUUAGCUUCAUUAUUUUCAGGACAACUUUAUAACUCAAUGCCAUGUAAUGUAACUAUAUAAGAUACUUCAAAAUGAUUAAUCUCUUAUUCUGGAUCA